UCAUUGUUUGCCAACCGCCAAUAAACCCAAACAAGAAGAAGAAGAAGAAGAAGAAGAGAACAGCGGUUGUUGUUACUUUCAUAAUAUGACUACCAGAAGGUUUUUAAAAUACGUUUCCUGCUGACAGCUUUCACUAGGACUCGCAGCUAACGUUACACAGCUGAACCAGAGGAGGAUGCUGCCGUUAGUCGGCGCUGAGCUGACCCCAGUGCAGCUCUAUCGACAUCUCCUCCGCUGCUGCAGACAGUUACCCAACGCAGCGAUGCAGCAGCAUUACCGACACGCCAUCAGACAGGGUUACACCAGUCACUCUGAUGAAGACGACCCAGAGAGGAUCCACACGAUCAUCCAGAGAGCCGUUACAGACGCACUCUGGAUUCUUGAUAAAGUGAGAAUGAAUUUUAUUAUUUCAAGUUGACGUGUGAAUAAAUACACACUGCAAUGAUUCAUUGUUUUUAUUUACAGUAUACGAAGAAGAAGUGAAGUCAUAAAGCACGGGGCCGGUGGAUGUGAUGUUUGUUCUUUGUUGUGACGAGAUGAAGCAACAUGUGAUGACUGUUCAGACUUCUUAGUGAGGAUUCUAGUCAAUGAUCUAUAAAAAGUGUAAAUACUGUUCCUAGAUAGUAAUGACACGACUGUAUACUGUAAUUCUUUUUUAAUAAAUUAAUACUCAAUAA